GAAAAGUGUGUGUAUUUCCGGUUAAUGAACACAAGCGCGAGGCUGCCCAGCGCUCACAUUUCAAGCUGCAACCGCAACGUAUGGAGGCGAGAGAGGAUCUCUACCCCGCCUGAUGAGCUCCAUCUCGGAUACCACCUCCUAAGUAUCCCCGCGGGCUGUGAAAAGACACUUUUUUUUUUUGUUUAAAAAAGAAAGAGCCCACAUCCUCUCACCAGGACAUCGACCGUGUGAGGGGUUUUAUUGGAAAAAAAAGGGCGUGUGUGUUGUCAGCAGUGGAUGUGUUAGUGAGGACAUUUUGACACCACCUGGCCAGGAUGGGCUGCACGCUGAGCACCGAGGACAAGGCGGCGGUGGAGCGGAGCAAGAUGAUCGACAAGAACCUGCGGGACGACGGCGAGAAGGCGGCCCGGGAGGUCAAGCUGCUGCUGCUGGGCGCCGGAGAGUCGGGAAAGAGCACCAUCGUCAAGCAGAUGAAGAUCAUCCAUGAGGCGGGCUACUCGGAAGAGGAGUGCAAGCAGUACAAGGCGGUGGUCUACAGCAACACCAUCCAGUCCAUCAUCGCCAUCAUCCGAGCGAUGGGCCGCCUUAAGAUCGACUUUGGCGACACCGCCAGAGCCGACGAUGCGCGGCAGCUGUUCGUGCUGGCAGGCUCCGCUGAGGAGGGCUUCAUGACCGCCGAGCUGGCGGGCGUCAUCAAGCGGCUGUGGAGGGACGGUGGCGUCCAGGCGUGCUUCAGCCGCUCGCGGGAGUACCAGCUCAACGACUCUGCCGCAUACUACCUGAACGACCUGGAUCGGAUCUCACAGGGAGCCUACAUCCCCACGCAGCAGGAUGUGCUGAGGACCCGGGUCAAAACCACGGGCAUCGUGGAGACCCACUUUACUUUCAAAGACCUGCACUUCAAAAUGUUUGACGUUGGCGGUCAGCGCUCCGAGCGUAAGAAGUGGAUCCACUGCUUCGAGGGCGUGACCGCCAUCAUCUUUUGCGUGGCCCUCAGCGACUACGACCUGGUGCUGGCCGAGGACGAGGAGAUGAACCGAAUGCACGAGAGCAUGAAGCUCUUCGACAGCAUCUGCAACAACAAGUGGUUCACGGACACGUCUAUCAUCCUCUUCCUCAACAAGAAGGACCUGUUUGAAGAGAAGAUCAAGAAGAGUCCUCUCACCAUCUGCUACCCGGAGUACGCAGGCUCCAACACGUACGAGGAGGCGGCCGCCUACAUCCAGUGUGAGUUUGAAGACCUGAACAAGCGCAAGGACACCAAGGAGAUUUACACUCACUUCACCUGCGCCACCGACACCAAGAACGUGCAGUUUGUCUUCGACGCCGUCACCGACGUCAUCAUCAAGAACAACCUGAAAGACUGCGGCCUCUUCUGAGGGCCACCGCGCACGACGACAUUUUGUGGGGUUAGGCUGGAAUGUAAACCGAGCGGGAGAAAAAUCGUUCCCGCCGCCGCACUGUACCAUAAACGCCACUUUUAUCAGCUUUA